GGUGCUCGCAGUGGAGGCGACCUCACGCCGCACCUUGGGAGGGAGGUGUUUGGCCACCAGCAUCGCUGUGCAAAAGGUGUGUGCCAUCGUGGCGUGUGCCGUGAGCAUUUGGAUCUACACCUCCAUCGGCCGCAUGGCAGAGGCAUCGGAGGAGGUGAGCCCAGCUGCGACAGCGCUGAGCCAUUAUCAUGUCUCCUUUUGGCGAAGCUGCUCCACAUGCACUUACUUCGUCGGCCUGCUGGUGUUGCAGCUCAUUUUGGGCGUGGGGAACUUCCUGCUCUUCGUGGCAACUGCGGUCACUGUCAUAGUCGUCAUGCGCCUUAUUUGGCGAGAUAUCAGCAAGGCCCUGCACAUCACGUACGAGUUCGCGCCCACACAUCCGCGGACAAGGCGUGCAGCGCAGCAGCUGAAGAGGGCCAGGAUCGUAGUCAGGCGCCAGUUGGCGGGAGUGGCGGUGAACGCCGUCGCCAGCAGCAUGCUGCUGCCGCUGGCUGUAAAGACGGUACUGGAUGGGCGGGGCUAUGUGGAUACCACGGACCUUGCAACCAGUGCGGCGAUUCAGGUGCUGGACUCCCUGACGUGCGUGGCGGCCGCCUUGAUCCUCUCGGGCGGCUACAAGCGCCCGAUCCGGCACCGGCAGCUGCAGAGCUCGGAGCAAUGCAGCUGCCAGUUUGCCACUGUGGAGUCCUUGCAAGGGGCGCCGGAUCUGACGAGUCAGUUAAGUGCCACUUGCAUCGGGCGGGCUUCUACCGCCUGGUCCAUGAAAGUGGCAGAUCUGGCUGGACGGGGUGUGACGCUGAAGGAGCUCCUCAGCUUCUACAGUGAGUUGAAGACCGUGAUGCCCCACUUCAAGGCUUCCAUACACACCACGCACGACGUCGUGCGCCAUGCCAUUAUCCCGCUGACUAAGCACAAGCGGAGCUCCUAUGUCCAGGCCUGUAGCGAUGACAGAUGUGGGCGGCCUCACAAGAUGGUGACGCACUGGUGGGGCAAUCGCUUCGUCGACCUUGUGGCCGCCGUUGUGGCAGAUGCUUUGGAGGAGUCAAGCUAUGGACUGGUGUCACGCUUGAUGCAGAAGGACAUCGGGAUCGUCGAGAAGAUUCUGGACGAGAGCGGGCACUUGAUGGACUGCUACUGGAUUUGUGCCUUUUGCGUAAACCAGCAUGCGUCCAUUUGUGGCCAGAAUCACGACAAGGACUCGGUCACGGGGCAGCCGCACCCGCUGUGCGACUGCGGUCUGCCCAAGUACUACGACGGUGACGAAUGCGAAAUGAACAAGUUCGACGAGAUGAUGGCGUUUUGUGCAGCUCGUGAUCCCAACUUUUGCCAAGUUGUUGCCGUGGACAGCGACUUUGGGGUCUUCACCCGGGCGUGGUGCAUGGCAGAAAUGGCGCAGGCCAGCAACCUUGGCAUCACCACACACUUGAAGCUGCGAGACAAGGAGGGGCUCAUUCGGACAGGCGCUCGCUUGAGAGAUCUGGAUGUCCGGGAGAUGAAGGCCUCGCGCGUCGAAGACGUGGAGCACAUUUUGGCCAAGAUCCCGGACAAGGAUGCAUUCAACGCGGCUCUGCAGAAUAUCAUUUUUGACAGCCGCUCCGGCCUGCUGGCUGCCUGGCGCGAUCUAGACUCCUCCCGGCAGAUGGGAGAAGCUGGACGCCUCCUAUUUUGGACUCAUGCCGAUGCAGGCAGCGGGACGGUGUGGAAGUGCUGGGACUUUUGAGCGCGAUACCUGCGGUGGAAGGACGGCGAGAAGUUCCCAGUGUGGCAUGCGGCAACUGUGCGUCGACAGGUAUGCCCAGAGAUGUCCACAAUGCUUCGUGUUUAGCACCAAGCUGCGCUGGCACAGCCUUUUUUGAAUGCUUUCGGAGCUUCUCGGAACCCAAGAUUUCAGAAAGGAAGCUCCACGUUUGCCUUUCUUCCACGGCCUGGGCCCCAGCGAUUUGCUUUGAGAGAGCAGCAGCUGGCGAUCUUGAAGCCCGGCCUUGCCAGCCAAAUCCGGGCUGGCUGCUAAAAGGCUCGUUGAAUCUCCCCUUGUGAGGAGUUUUUCGGCUGAAUGUUCAAAAGGGACCGUCAAGGAACCCGUUCAACCGGCAAGUGCUGGGUGCCCGGCCUGCAUGCACCGCGAAUCGCAGAAUCUAUCAGCACAGAAGCGCCAGCUCUCAAAUCUCCA